AUGUCUUUCCUUCAUAAUCAUUCUUGCGAGUGCGUUAAGUCAGAAUUGGAUUUGUUUGCACUACCGUCUACACAAACUAGCAUUGAAAAUGGAUUGUGGAUUCAUUAUAAACCAAUUUCAUCUCUUGGUGAUGAUGGACCUAUCGAGUUUCAAGUUCCUGGGACCGGCGAUGACUACAUAGAUUUGUCUCAUACAUUACUCCACAUAAAGGCAAAAGUAUUAAAUCAAGAUUCAACUAACUUGGUAUCUACUACAAUAGUAGCACCUGUAAAUAAUUGGCUGCAUUCACUUUUUAGUCAACUUGAUGUUUAUUUAAACCAAAAACUUGUAUCACCACCUAAUAAUACCUAUGCAUAUCGAGCAUACAUGGAAACCCUUUUAAACUAUGCCCCUGCUGCUAAACAAUCUCAUCUUACUUGUAGUCUUUGGUAUGAGGAUACAGCAGGAAAAAUGGAUUCUACAGAUGGUAAAAACAUAGGAUUUGUUAAAAGACAGGAAUUGAUUAGUGAAAGUAAGGAAAUAGAAAUGAUUGGUCAUCUUCACGGUGACAUUUUUAACCAAGAUAAAUUUUUAAUUAAUGGUGUUGAAAUGAGUGUUAAAUUGGUUCGAUCAAGAGAGAGUUUUAAUUUAAUUGUUGGGUCAAACGAUGUAAAGUUUAAAGUUUGCAUUACGGACGCAACUCUUAUUGUUCGACGAGCACGAAUUAAUCCAAGUGUAUUACUCGCACAUCAAAAAGUUUUAGCUUCUACCACUGCUAAAUAUCCUAUUACUCGAGCUGAAGUAAAAGUUUUAACAAUUCCUUCGGGUGUUCAAGGAAAAACUCUUGAUAAUAUAUUUUUAGGACAGGUACCGAAAAGAUGUAUAAUUGGAUUUGUGAACAAUUCUGCAUUUAAUGGUUCCCUUACUAAAAAUCCAUUUAACUUUGAAAACUAUGGUAUUAAUUCUUUCAGCUUAUAUAUUGAUGGUCAACAAAUACCUUCAAAAGCUUUGCAACCAUCUUUUAAUAAUAGCAUAUUUACAUCAGCAUAUCAUACUCUAUUCUCGGGAACUGGUAUUCACUUUCUUAAUGAAGGAAAUGGAAUCUCUUGUGAACAGUAUGGCAAAGGUUACUGUCUAUUAGCAUUUGACUUAACUCCUGAUUUAUCAGCUAACUCAUCAACUCAUUGGAAUCUCAUAAAGCAUGGUAGUGUAAGAAUAGAAGUACGAUUUGAAUCCUCAUUAAUACAAACAAUUUACUGUAUAGUUUAUGCUGAGUUUGAUAAUAUUAUUGAGAUAGAUAAAAACAGAAAUGUUACUGUAGACUAUAGUAGUUAA